AUGGUUGUCCCCUCGCUGUCUUCCCUCGCAAUGACAUGCCAAUCGAAACUGAUCAGCCCUGCUCACCAUCGGGGAUUGACCGACCCGUCGCCUCUUGACCGUCUGAUACCGCCGGAUCCACCGGACCGGUCCCGAUAUUGCACAGAUUCUAGUCUACUGCUUAUGUGCUUCUUCCGCCGUUGGGGUAUCACUGCUCUCUCGACUCCAUCUCCUCUGUCGUUUUCUCCGGAUCCACCGAGUAAACAACUCCCACCGACGGGAUCUGAUGAGUUCCUCUUUGCCGAACAAUCUGCUUGUUAUGGUACGGAAAACCAGAUUCUCCAGCCACCGCCUUCAACCCCUGUGGCACCGCCGGAGUUUCCUUCUCCGGAGCCUACUCUCCUCCGUCCUUCUUCGGCCGAGAUAGCUGAUGGCUCCUUCCUCCCGUCUCUUCCAUGCCGGAAUACAUCCAAUGCUUCAUCGAGGAUGGUUUAUUUUGCAACUUCCUUACUUAUUUGGAAAAAUAAGAAAUCAGCUCCAACUUCCUUACUUAUUUGA